GAUUGCGAAACAAACAUAUAGUGGUUGAAGUACAAAGCUGAAUGUGACUAGCUUUUACGUAUUGAAAUUUUACAUCUUAAAAAUCCGUGCAUUUGGAUCCUAAGUGAAAAGAAAAAACCAUGGAUUUGUUUCCAACGGCGAUGGACGAGAAAAAUUCCACUGAAAGUUCUAACACUCCAACACCAACAACAUCGCUCAACAACAGCGAUGACGUCAUUGAACACAUUAGAAAUUGGAUUCAAUUAGACGCCAAACCGAAAAUGCACGAAAAUGCCAUUCAACAUAUCGAGUCGUUUGUGGAUCGAAAAAUUUCUUGCCUCGAAUCGACUUUGGUCGAGAGACAAUAUGUUAAAGUCGUAUUGGAAAUGUGGCUGAGAAAGGGUUUACGAAAGGCCGUUGGUUACCUAAAUGAUGAAACAAUCGAUAUCAGCGUCGAAAUGCCCACUUUAUUGGAAGAAUUAAAUUCCAUUAAUUCAUUCGAAGAUAUUGGUCUCAAACUAAAUGAAGCGACGUGCCAACUGACAAAUUUGUGUAAAGCAGGAUGCCAAUAUUUACAGCUAAUACUCAAUCAGGUGGAUCUUUUUAAAAAUACGCCACGUUUCUCGGUUCUUGUCUCCAGUUAUUUCAAGCAAUUUAAAGAGUUUUGCAUUGGCAAAGUCUUUUCCAGGUGUUUAGAUGAUGUCACUAAAGAUCAAAUUAACGAUAAGAGAAACUGCGAAUUUAUUGUCGCACAAAAUGUACUUUUAAAAGUCGCCACCGAAGACCUAGGAAUUCAAAAUGCUUUGGAGGAAUACUUCACGGGAAAGGACGUCAAGGACUUUGAUGGCGCAAACGGGCAAGACUUGAUCACCCAACUAAUGGAGAUCUUUGCUAGUUGCUGUGAUACGACUGUAAAUGAAUCAUCGACAUGGUUGAAUCAGCAAAAAUCAGAAAAAGAAUGGACACCUAAAUUGCAAAUCUUGGUCAAAGAGACGUGCAAGGCUUUCUUGUUACCUAAGACGACAAUCAAAGUCAAAGAUAAAUAUGGAAGAAAAAUAAUAUUCAUCAAAGGCGUUUCUGUCUUUGUCAACAAAAUUAUUGACGAAAUGAAACGACUGAAAGAAAAAAAUCCCGAAGUGCAAGAAAUUCAGAUUGUCGGACUGUCAUCCGUUCACGUUGAUUGCCAUCUGGAGAACGAAAUCUGGUACGGAACGAACGUGGGCAUUGUUGCUGAUAGAAUUUUCAUAGAUUACGAAGACUGCCGGAAUGGCCACAAAUAUAACUUCAAAGCGAAAGAACCUACCGAGCCGAUGGAAGCUCAUAAUUUUUUUGGCGAUUUCGCCGUCUGCUGGGAUGUCUCGGGCAAGAACGGAGAACCUCGUGGGCCUGGUACGAGCGGCGGCAACGUACACAUCAUUUGCAACGAAAUGUUCAACGCCAACCGAUGGAAGGUUAUUUCUGAUGGCGGCAAAGGAGGUGACGGGCAGAAUGGCAGUAGUGGGGAAAGGCAAAGAGAAGAAGAGACUCACAAAUGGUCCAAAGAAUAUUUCAAUCAAGUGUUUCCUUCCAUGUCGACAUUUGGAAAGGGAGAACAAACGAAAGACACGGUUUCAAACGAUGCAGUUAAAAGAGUUCUGACGGCGCUAAGCGAGUUAUUGCCAAUUGAAAAUCGAAUAUCUGGGAAAGAUGUGCAACCAGACAAUCCAGGUAAUUUUUUCGUAAAGGGCACUGCGAAAGAUGGAAGUAAGAUCACCGUAUCGUACUAUCAGUCCAAAACAAAACGACACACACUCAUCUUCUGCCAAGGAAGCAGCGUCGGGCAAGGUGGGUACGGGGGCACCAUCACUUUUGAAUUUAUCAUUGGAAAGGACUCGUUUGCAAUGGAAUCCAGGGUUCCGGUUGUCGGUAAGGAUAAUCGUCAGCCAAGGACUGUGCGGAUGGGUGUCUACCAAGCAAAGGGUUCUGAUGGCGUAACGGGAAUACCUGUAGGCGACGUUGGUUUCAUCCACAGGUUAGACACAUCUGAGGCAUCUGCAAACCAAAAUCUGACAGGCCAAUACAUUGGCUUCGAAAAUGAUGUUAGCCUUCGGAUGGAAAGUAGUCGUACGAAACCUAAAAGACAACCCAAUGAUUCUGAUAAUUAUUACGCCAAACGAUGGAAAGGAGAAUAUGCGUCGAUUGCUUACCAUGGUCUAUCCGCAUACGGCUCAAUCCAGCCACUGCAAUCAACUGUAGAAAAUGCCACGAAACAGAAAGCCAUCGUUCGCCAAAGUCUCACUCAGCACGUAAUCCAAGUGGAUGAACGGAAGCAGAUGUUACAAUUUCUUCAGGCAAGAUUAUCCAGCAAUUGGGGAGAAGAAAAAUUUACUGACAAUGUUGACUUAUUAGUCAGCCAAAUGAGAGACAAGGAAACUCAGCUUCAUCAGUUAACGUUGCAGUGCAGUCGGGGCCUCCACAACAUCGGGUCAAUGAGAUUCGUUAAACCUGCAGAAAUAAAUUGGAGUCUGAAAUCGGAUGGGAUUAGCGUUUCAAACACCACGCGAUUUUUAGUCGGUCGACGUUCAGUUGGACGUCGUCCGGUUGAUUUCCGGCAAAAACCAUCUGUCAACGUCAGGUGCCUCGAAAUGCUGCCAACAACGAGCGGCGUCAAUAGCGCUUUACACAGCAUUUUUGGUAGAAGGAAUUCAAAUGGGGUGUAUAAUUUAGACGACGAGAAUAUAACGAAGCUUCGCCAGUCUCUCGCCACGUUCAUCCGCGAUAACAAAAACAAGGCAAAAGUUUCAGGCUUCAUCAAGCAGUUUGUACUACGUGUACAAAAGAGCGAUGCAUUAGAUUGUCCCGUCGCCAGUGAUGUGAAAGUUGCUUAUUUCAAAUUCCAACGGACGAACAGCGAGCAAAGUGAAUUCAACUGGCAGAAUGCAACAGAAUUUGAGGAUUUAUUUGAGGAAUACGCUAAAUUUGUUGAGAAACCUUCAACUCCAGUGGCAUCAGCUGAAGUUGAAAUGCUAAUAAUUAUUCGUAAAUUCUCCAUCCACAUAUACAGCGAUCAAUCAUCAUCAUUCAAGUACAAGGAAACAUUUAAACCUCAAAGGUCGUUUCCCUGCAGCUAUAUUCUUCACAAGAGAAACGGAGAAUUUCAACGGGUUGAACCAAACCUUAAAAUGGAAGAUUUCUGCAAAAUAGAUGACGAUGAACUGUUUGAAUGUCCGCCCAUCCAAAGUACGUAUUUCCAAAAAUUUUUGGAUUCUCUUGAAAAUCACGGCGCUAACAAACAAGUCAUCGCUUCAAUGAAGAAGCUCAACCCUGAAUACGGUGAUACACCGGAUAAAUUGUUUGAGUUGCUUCUCAAAUAUUGCCAACGAAAUAAGGAAACUCAAGAAGAUUUUGACGUGAAAUUGAUAGAUGAAUAUUCGACCGAUUUCUGCCGGUUGGCUGAAUGGAUAGAAGAGCACAAUUGUCGAAAUAUAAGUUCCAUCAUCUACUUGAAUAUCGUCAAAAAUUACUCGCCCUUCGAAUGGCAGAAACAUUUUUUAAUGUUUGAAAUUUGCGAUCGGAUUACGCAAUAUGAUAUUCGUAACAUCCCUCGUAUUAAAAAUUGUGUCCAUACAAUAGCCGAUAAAAUGCCAUCCAUGGUGAAUCUAUUACGCAAAUUGGUUGCCACAUCCGAUAGCUGUUCUGUACUACAGCCUCAGAAUUUAUUGCGGCUCUUGGCCUUGGUAUCAACGGAUAUCGAACAAGGUGACGGAAUCGUAAGUCAGCAGUUGCCGGAGCUCCAACUACUGCCUCUUAACGAUUGGUUUUACCAUUUAAAAAGCAAAAUGUGGGAAAACAAAGUCAAUCAGCUGCCCGUCAGCGAUUCUAGUAUUCCAAAAGCGAAUAAAAAACUCAGGAAUCAGGCCGUUUACAUGUUACUGGAACUUGAAUUUAAAAACGACGAAAACGUUUGUGACGACUUAUUGGAGAAAACUAAGAACUUAGAGACGGCCGUUUUGGAUUUGCAAAAAGCUCUGUAUCCAGUAGCGAAUCUUAGCAAAGAAUAUGACGAAAGAUACAUUGACGAUAUCAUAAACAUGAUGGAAGAAGAUAUGCCUCUGGAUGAAGAGCGCUUCGUGAAGAGCAAAGAAUAUCACAAGACCUUGGCCGACGUCAAAACAAAAAUAAAGGAAUCUAAAUUAAAGUUUGAUAAAACGAGUGAAAGCGGCGAACAAGAAUACAAGCUAACAGAGAAAAGAAUAAAGAAACUCAUCAAGCAAUGGCAGAAAAAUGGCUUAGAACUGAACGAUAAAUCAGUUGUUGAUUUUCUCUGCGUCUAUGAUUGCGCCGUACAGAAAACGUGUACGAAGGAAGGUGACCAACAAAUAUUCCAACUACGGGACACUCAGAGAGUGGCGAUCAUGACAUUGCUGACAUCAAAAAAAAAAUCCACGUUGGUACAAGUGUCAACUGGUGAAGGCAAAUCGCUGAUUGUCACUGGUGUCGCAAUCGCCUUUGCCCUUUGUCGAAAUAAAGAUAACAAAAAAAAGAAAAUCGAUGUUAUUACAAGUAAUGAUGUGUUGGCUCGCCGAGAUUCCAUGAUGUCGGUGGCCGAUGGUGGGCUGCGGGAUCUUUAUGAAUAUUUUUAUGUAGGUGUAGCAAACAAUUGCAGCCAAUGGGUGGACGAACGAAUCGAAGCCUAUAACGCAGCAGUCGUUUAUGGUCAAUUGGCCAGUUUCCAGCGAGAUUAUUUACUGGAUGAAUUCUACGGUCAUAACAUCCGUGGGGACCGCACUAUGGACCUUGUUAUUGUAGAUGAAGUCGAUUGCAUGUUGCUCGAUCGCGGCAGCAUUGCGCUCUACCUAUCGCACGACAUCCCCGGCAUGGAGAUGCUCGAAUCUCUUUACGUCUUCAUUUGGGAGAAGAUACACAGCUCUUCAAUCGGUUCGGAUAAGCUAGCAGUACGAGAAUCAGUUAAAGCUGCUGUCCUCUAUGACCUGUAUGGAGCUAUAACUAAAAACCAUUUGGAGUCCAUUUCCGAUUCCCUGAAAGACAAGCCAUCGGAAAAGAAUGAACUAUGGUACCAUUUAAUUGAAACAAAUGUCAUCGACUCAGAGGGUCGUUUGUUGAUGGAAAACGAUAUUGAAAACAUCAAAUUUAAAAACGAAAUGGAUCCUAAGAUUAUCUUUUAUCUCCGUACCGUGGCUAACCGUAAACGGAAUAUUCAAAUACCAACGCAUUUGAUGCCAUUUGUUGAACUCCAUGUUGACACUUUGCUAGACAAUGCCAUGAAAGCAUUGGAACUCCAACGCGACGAGGACUAUGUCGUCGAUCAAGACCGAACGGACAACAGCCCAGAUCUCAAUCCUCAAGUGAUUAUAAUCGACAAGGACACGGGGGUGGACGAGAUCUCAUCGCAGUGGGACGGAGCACUGCAUCAGUUUAUUCAGCUCAAGGAAGGCUGCAAGUUGACGUCCCAAUGUCUAAAGGCUAUUUUUAGUUUUACCGCACAUUACAUCCUGGCUUACGAAAAGACGUUAGGUGUUUCGGGAACUUUAGGAUCCGGACCAGAGCAAGAAUUCAUGCAAAGAAGCUAUAAGAGCACUCACUUUGUGAUUCCAACAGCUUUCCAGAAACGUUUUUAUCUUAAACCGACAAAAAUUUUUAAAUCAAAGGACCACUGGCUCCAUGCGAUGGUCAAAGAAACACGAAAGAUUAUUCUUCCUGAAGAUCAAGCUAAAGCUCGUUCUCUUGUCAUCUUCUGUCAAUCAAUCAAAGAUGUGAAUAUUGUCCACAGCUAUCUGAAAAACGCUUUAAAGUCGGAGCUCAAUGACAACCACAUCCAUUGUUACACACGUGGUUAUGAGAAGUUUGCUUUCGAAGGUAAAUCCCUUGAAGUCGGCCACGUGAUCAUUGCCACCAAUUUAGCGGGUAGAGGUACAGAUAUCAAAAUAAGCGAGCAAUUGAAAAAAAACGGAGGUCUACACAUUUGUUUGACUUUUUUGCCGAAAAACGAGCGGAUUGAAGAACAAGCGAUGGGACGUACAGCUAGGAAUGGAGCGCCUGGAAGUGGAAUCUUUCUUUUGUACGAAGAAACGUCAACAGGAAAAAAAUGGGGCGCCGGAAAAUGGCUAAGCAUGAAACAGGAGCGUCACUGGAAAGAAAGCCUACAAAUAUCCUGUUUAAGGACCGAUUUGCGUAAAGUGGAUGUCGAAUCAGAAUACAUGGCCGAGUUGUUGGAUUACUACACUGAAGUGACACGAAAACUGAAAGAACAAAAACGUCAAGAUCGGGAAAUUAAAAUAAUUUCCGACUGUGUGCUGGACAAAUGGGCUUUGUGGCUUGACGAAUAUGGCGAUCCUUCAAAGUUGCCCCGUUAUUCGGGUUUUCGUACUAAACUUGGACUGCCAGAAAGCAACACAGAAGACUGCAAUUGGAUGACCCCAUUUCGUUCUCUUGCCAUGGCCAAACAUCUGGCUAUGCAAAGGUCAUCUCAGUCUCAGUCGACGGCUAUUGAAAUUCUGAAUCGAGUCAUCGCUUCAAACGAUAGUUCUUUGUAUCCAGCUGCUCAUUACUACCUUGCUUUCAUUUUGAUUCAAGAAGAUUUUAAAGAAAACAAAACUAAUUUCAUUCAAAAUCUGCAAAGGUGCGAGGCUAUGUUGAACAAUCACAUAGACAUGCACUUAUCCUUUUAUCGCAAAGUCGCUCAUGUAACGCCUGAGCAAACUCCAACGUUCUGCGUCGUCGACGCCUAUAAGCAGCAAAAAAACAAUGUGGUGAAAAUCCUCGAAUAUUUCAUCGGUUCCGUCCGGGCUUUACUUGGCACUCACUAUUGCUCAGCCUCUAAUCUGAGGGAAGCUGGGCGAAGUGGCCCCGAAAAGCUUGGCAUCGUAAAAAUGAAAAAGAAAGAAGUUGAAACAUUCAUACAAAAAAAACGUUCUCCAUAUGUCGCGCAUUUUCAAAAAGAAAGAAAAUUAAAUGGUGAGCCUAAACGCCACAAAAUCAGUCGCGAGAAAGCGGACGAACUCUUUCAAUCAUUGGUCCAAAGUAGGUGCAUCACUUGCCAGCUCAACGAUAUCCCUAAUCGGGAAGCCAUCGUUCAGCAAGUAGCGAACGAAUACGGAAUCCCGAGUCUGAUAAGCAAUUUAAAAUCCGUCUUUGGGAAGGAAUUAACUGAGGAGCAGAUCGAAAAAAGUCUGAAAAUAGGAAACCUGAUCCCGUGCACGAGAAAAGCUUUUUGGAAAGAGCUGGAGAACGCACGUGCCCUAGAAGUUGUGAAAGAUGGAUUAUGUCCUAAAAUGAAAUGCGUCGUCGUUUUGGAAUCCGAAUGCGAUGUCGAACCAAGUGAACCAGACAGAAAAAUACUAAAUCGAGAAAAUCGGAUCAAAAUCGAGUUUGGAUUGAAUUCUUUCGAUCAAAACUGCCUAAACGUGCUGUACAACCCAAUUUACGACAACAUGAAUGACUUGUUGAAGCAAAAGAAAAUCAUGUUCGACAAAGACUACGUUAUUGAACAACUUGGCGAUGAGUACUGUCACCGAAAGGAGAAUUUUGAAUUCAAUCGAAUUGCACAGCUUAAUCUCGACACGCUAGAAAAAAAAAGCAACGACUUGUCCUUUUCUUACUCGUUGGGGAAGAAUGAUUUGCGCCGAGUCAACAUAACUAGUACUAGCGAGCAGGAAGACGUUUGGAAAGCGCUAGUUGAACAGAAAAUCAUUGAUUCAUACGGCAAAUUGUCGUCCAACUACCAAAAAUUCAGCUAUCCCGCAUGUCCGGCUUACGAAGAACCUGUCAUGCGUUUAAUUGGCAGGAAUUUCGUCGCUGAAAUAGUUAAACGUCAAUGGCUAAGGCUAAAGGCUGACAAAGACCCCAGUUGUUUGAAAGCCAUAGAUUUGUUACCAUUGAAACCAUAUCGAGAUAUGCUUGGCGAUUUGAUGGCUGCCCACGUCAUCUCUGGUGCUCGAGUGACAGAAGAUACAAAACUCAUCGAGGAGAAAACAAUGGAACUUGAAGACGCAGAUGAACGUAAAUGUGUUCGGAAGUUUCUGAAAAGCCACCAAGCUGUUUAUGCUCCCGAGAUGAUCAAAUCUGAUGUUUUUCUUGACCUUAUCGAAAUGGAUAUUCGAAAGAUUCCAAACACCAAGAACAUUUCUAUGGAACUCUACGCCUUCGAUCUCGCAGGAUUCAAUCACGUCAUGGAUGUUAAAGAUCGAGAUGUGUCAUGGAAAACAUACUUGGGAGCAAUUUUUGCCGGUGCUGCUGGUAUCGCUUCGGCUAGUGCUGGAAUUUUCUUGAUUCACGAAAAACUACUAUCCUUUGGACUGAGCAAAAAUUUAUUGUUGAUGGGAGGAGUAUCAGACAUUUUGUACGCCAUAACGACCAUCCUGACGCGCAGCAACUUCACGUGGGCCAAUUACACUCGUCAAAGGAUAAUGAGUGCCAUUGGAAAAACAGAACUCAUGGACACGAUCAAAACCAUUUUCAAAAUAUAUAGUUCGACUGCAAACGCUGAUUCAAGGGAGGCAAUUCGAUUGGCCGUCGGCAAAGAAAGAUGGAAACGACGGCGCGAAUGCCAAAUAGAAAGUGAAGUUGCCUCAGGUGGGACUCCGGGACGGAUUGAACUGAAAUCACACAAAACGGAGUUUUUUUUUCACAUCCAAGUCCAUUAUCUUUUACAAGAGUUUGGUAAAGAUGUACUUAGAGAAAUCCAGACAUGGCUUGCCAAAAACAUGACUGAAAUUCGAAAAAGGUUGAUCCAGUUCAACGAACUUCACGGAAUCGGAACAUCCCAGGUCUUCGUUAGAAAGAAGUUGAACGAAUUGAUUUCUGGAAUUGGGGAAAAGGACGGAAAAGGACACAAAUGGGUCUCUGAUAUUACCGACGCCAUGACUUUAAUCAUCCCUCAACAAACAGCAGGAAGUCUGUUAACACAAGAAAUAGCUGACGAAGCGAUCCGCAAGAUGGAAUCUGUUUUCCAUGACUGCGAGGUGCGAAUGGGGUUAAUGCACGGGACUGUCACAGGUAUACGCAAAUUCCUAUCAGACCUGGAGAAUCAUGACGAACGUAUAGUUCCAACAGCUGAAGAUAUCGACGUUGAAGAAGCGUUUAAGCGUUUUCAAAAAAGAACACUGGCUAACAUAGAGGAUGAGCUGAAAAGACAGGUGGAAAAGAUACUGGAUUUGUUGAGGCAACAAAUUCAUCAAGUCGCCUCUAACCAAGUCUCUAAUUUAGCGAAUAUUAAUUCCGAAAUAUUCGCCACGUUUUUGCAGUUGGCUUAACCGAAGUUGAAUAUUC